GCUGGGGCUUGUCGGACGCACAGAGCAGAGUCGUCCAUCACCUCAUCAGGGAAGUCAGGGUGCUCUGUCGCACAGCAAAGCCGAGUCGCACGGACAAACAGCUAGAGGGGACACUGUCCGCCGGCAUCACCUUUGCCCUGGGUCUUUCUCAGGCCUUUGACACGGUGUCCAGACAUCAGAUGCUGGAUCUCUUGCAAGACCUGGGGGCCGAGCCCGCCUUGCUGAGUCUGAUUCAUGGCCUUCACCGGGCGUCCACACACAGGCUGCACUCGCAGGGAACCUCCGUUAACGUAGAGACCACGACGGGCAUAAAGCAGGCUUGCAUUCUCGUCCACAGCCUGAUUGCAGUGGUUGGCAUCGAGGCCGUUCAGAACUGUUUGACAGGCUACGCCGACGACUUUACGGUCCACAGGCACCGGCCGACAACUGGUCAAGCGCUGGCGGCUCGGUCCCAAUCCCUCUCGGGCAUUCAAAUGGGAGGGCAGCACCAAGACUCCGUGCAGAUCCUUAAGGAGCGAAUGCGCGGUCGCCUGCGCAAACUCAGGACCAGGGCAGCUAAUAAGACACAGACAGCUGGAGACAAACCGGACACGGAGGCA